AUGGUAUUCUCAAGCCUUGAUGAUUGUUAUUCAAUGUAUGUUAAGUAUGCCAAGGAGUGUGGGUUUUCAGUCAGGAAAGGGACUACAAAGACAAACUUUAAAGGUGUCUUACAUACUAAAUAUUACUUGUGUACGAGAUCUGGGUUAUACAAGGACAAGAAGGUUGAUACGUUGGACCCCAAUCAAAAGGAGCGAGUAGUGCGAUCCAACUUUUCAAAGAGGACUGAUUAUGGUGCACUGUUAUGUGUACUUUUGGAGGCUGGAUCAUGGAAGGUGUAUAAGUUUGUCGAAGAGCAAAAUCAUGAACUUGUUGAACGUCACGAUAAGCAUUUUCUUCCAACUGAACGACACCUCACUCAGCUACUAUACUCUAUGGUGUUUGUACCGUUAACUGGUAUAGACAAUCAUCACUGCAAUGUUACAUUUGGUGCAGCUUUAUUGGCGUCGGAAACUGCUGAUACAUAUAUUUGGUUGUUAAGAGUUUUUCUAAAAGUUGUUGGUUCUCAACCAAAAGUUGUUGUCACUGACCAAGAUCCAGCGAUGAAGAAGGCUAUUUCUGUUGUAUUUGUUGAUAGGAGGCAUCGGUUAUGCAUGUGGCAUGUGAUGCAUAAACUUUCUCUGAAGGUUGGUGUUAGGCUAUGCAAUUCCACCAAUUUUAAAGAACGUAUUUGUGGUGUUGUGUGGACGGAUAUUCUCACACCUGAAGAGCUUGAAUCAGAAUGGGAAGCGGUUAUCGCAGAGUUCAAUUUAGAAGAUAAUGACUGGUUAUCUGAUAUUUUUGCACUUAGGGAAUCUUGGAUCCCUGCAUACAAUAGAAUGGAGCAGAUGUCUGGUCUUAUGCGAACGACAUCCAGGUCGGAGAGUGAGAAUCAUUUUUUUUGUCAAGUGUGCAAUUCGAAAGCUACUCUUGUUGAUUUCAUGACGCAUUACGAGACUUCAAUAGAAGCACAGCCUCAUACACAUCUUAAAAAUGAUCAUGAAUCUCGAUACAAAAAACCCAAGUUGAAGAGUAGUUACAAAUUGUUGGAAGGGCAAGCUGUUGACAUAUACACAAAAAGUAUUUUUUGUGACACUCAAGCUGAGCUUAUUGGAGUUGUGGAUUGCAUAAAUCAACGUUACGAAGAUCAGCCUGAUGGGUUUGUUAAGUAUUACGUAAAUGACUUCCAACAGCCUUACAAACAUUCUAUGCAUGGCGUUAUAGAGAUAUUGUUUUUUGGUGUUUUUCAGGUUCAAGAUAUGCAGAUUGUUGCUCCUCCCGCUAGUUCUAGGGAUAGAUUUGCCGAGAUAGCCGGUCAAUAUAAAUACGACAAGAAUCCGAUUAGAGUCCCUGUAGGGUAUAAAUCCAAAGGUUCUGGUUCUCGGAAGCGCCUGGAAUCUAAACAGGAGAUAGCAAUCGAUAAACAGAAAUCAAAGUCGAAACCCGGGGCCAAAGAAAGAGAGUGUCAGAACUGCAAAGGCUAUGGACACUACGCAUCGACAUGCAAGCAUGCCGUAAUUAAAAGAAGAUCGACAAGGUCUUCGAGAGCCAGUGAAGAGUAG